CCCUCUUCCCUUGUCUCUACCAGCCUUCUUGUUGAGUCCCCUCGUUUGGAUAUCCUGUCCCACCACCUUCGUUCUGCAUCACCAUCGUUAACUCGACCUCGUUGUUCGACGGGAUCUUGUUUGCUACAUCUCUAAUUCUUUCUCUCGACAUCAUGAUGCGAAACAUCGCCCUGGUGAGCCUUGCUUCGGCGGCAUUGGCUAGCUACGCUCCUCCACAGUAUGGAGGCGAAUCAUCCGCCCCGUCCUAUGGUGAUGAGCCAUCCGCUCCAUACGACCCUGCUGAGAGCACGACCUGCACAGAGGAGGACCACCCUUCCACUGUCCCCGUCUAUGCACCAAAGACCACCCCAUCCGUUCCAGCAUAUGGCCAAUCUACUUCCAGCCUGCCAACCCCUCCAGUCUAUGCUCCAUCAAGCUUGACAUCCUCGCAGUCCAUGCCAACCUACCCAGCUUCGUAUCCCCCAUACGGCCCGCAGAGCGAGACUUCCACCUCCUGCACCGACGAGUGGCCAAAGGAGAGCGUCACCGUUCCCAUCUACUCGCCCCCAGCGAAGCCAACCGCCACUUCUUCUGCAAGCAUCAGCACUUACCCCCCACCCAAAUCACCCGAGACUGAGAGCUCAACUUCCUGCAGCGAGACCACCGACACUGCUACCAAGCCAGCUACCUCGACUUCAGUUUCUACUCCUUACUCCCCUCACACAGUCCCACACACAUACCCAUUGAAGAACACAACCACCAGCGCCACCAAGGUCUGGACUACUUCGACUGUGUACACCACUACCGAGGUCACCAUCACCUCGUGCGCUCCAGACGUCACCAACUGCCCAGGCAAGACUACCACUCAGACUUACGCUGUCUCUACCACUGUGUGCGAGGUUACUCCAACUUCGACCCCAGGCAAGCCGAACACUUACCCUGUCCCAACUCCUUCGACCCCAGGCAAGCCGAACACUUACCCUGUCCCAACUCCGUCGACCCCAGGCAAGCCGAAGACUUACCCUGUCCCAACUCCAUCGACACCAGCUCAGCCAACAUCAUACAUCACCAAGACUGUCGAGACACCAAAGAUCCCUGCGCAGCCAUCCACCUCUGCCAGCCAGCCCCCGCUUUACCCAAGCCAGCCAGUCGAGUCGCAGCCACCAAAAGGCCCAAAGACUGUCUACAGCACCAUCUACUCGACCAUCCCAUGUGCGGACUGCGCCUCUACCGCUAGCGUUCCAGUUGUGCCACUUCCAUCUCCGCCAGCCAGCUCGCAGCCACCGGCCUACGGAACUCCAGCUACCACCCCAUCCUCUCCAGUCCAGACGACUCCAGCUACCACUCCAUACUCUCCAGUCCAGACGACUCCAGCUGUGCCACAAUACCCACAGGGCAACAGCACUACUCCCGUCCAGGGUGCUCCAAGCCCCACUGUCAGCCAGCCAGUCGCCUACACCGGCGCAGCUUCCGCUGCCAAGCCAAUCAUCGGCAUGGUCGCUGCUGCUGCUGCUGCUCUCCUUGCUCUUGCGUGAAUGCAUUUCCCUCACGGCCUUUCAUGAGUUCUUAAUUAUCUUCGUAUAUAAUGCCACCGGGGAGGUGGGUUGAUGGGUGCAGGUAAUAAAACACAUCGCACUCUCAGUCUCGCGUCGGACGGACAUGGGUUGCAUGGGGGUUGGUAUAGACAAAUCACGACAAGGGUUCACGUUCUUGCGCAGCGGCGCAGGGCGGUAAAACAGAUGAUUCCUGUGGCUGGAAACGUUUCUUGGUGAUGAUGGGACUUGGAUAGAGUAUUAUGUAUAUACACUAGCAAUGAAGUUUGGAACAAUGAAUCAUCUCACGUCAAG